AUGACGGCUCAGAAAACACCCAUCUACUUCCUCUCCCACGGCGGCCCGCAGACUUGCCACACCCCCACCCACCCCGUCUACCCACAAUUGCAAUCCAUCGGCCGCGAAAUCUCCAACACCAGUGCGAAACCAGUCGCCAUCGUCGUCUUCUCCGCGCACUGGCAAUCCUCCUCCGGACCAAAUACCAUCGAGGUGAACACAUCCGAUCAGCCGUUACCGCUCAUCUACGAUUUCUACGGAUUUCCAGACCACUAUUACAAGACCAAGUUUCCGUACCGGGCAUCGGGCAAGGUCAGUCAGCGGGUGAUGAACGUAUUAAACGAAGGUGGAGUGAAGGCGGUGGGGGUCGAAAGGGGACUGGAUCAUGGAGUGUGGGUGCCGUUUAAGGUUGUCUUUGAGGGGCUUGAGAAGGAGAUGCCCCCAAUUGUGCAAGUAAGUCUUUUUGGGGCGGAGGAUGCGGAGGAGCAUCUUCGGCUGGGAAGGGUGGUGGCAAGGUUGAGGGAGGAGAAUAUUUUGAUCGUGGUAAGUGGAAUGGCUGUCCAUAACCUGAGGGAUAUGUGGGUCACGAUCAAAGAUCCGAAGCCAUUGUCCUAUACGGCUAGUUUUGAUGAGGCGUUGAGGGAGGCGGUAGAGAGCGAACCGGGGAGCGAUAGGGAUGCGAAAAUGAAGGAACUGGUGAAGAGGACUGAUGUCAAGAGAGCCCAUCCGACGUUGGAGCACCUGUUGCCAAUUCAUGUUGGGGUUGGGGCGGCGGGCAGCGAUAGAGGGAAGAGGUUAUGGACGAUGGGAGAGGGCAGUCUGAGCUGGGCGCAAUUCAGGUUCGGAGAGGUGCGUUCAGGAUAA